AAGAGCAGCCGGCAGCCGGCCCGCGGUCACUCGGAGGCCAGGCGGCGGGCGGAGGACGCACCAUGCCCUCCUUCGACGAGGCGCUGCAGAGGGCCGGCGAGUUCGGGCGCUUUCAGCGGCGCGUGUUCCUGCUGCUGUGCCUGACGGGCGUCACCUUCGCCUUCCUCUUCGUCAGCGUGGUCUUUCUGGGCACCUGGCCCGAGCACUAUUGGUGCCGCGGGCCGAGCGCAGAGGCGCUGGCCGAGCGCUGCGGCUGGAGCCCCGAGGAGGAGUGGAACCGCACGGCGCCCGCGCCCCUCGGCCCCGCGCCCCGCGCGCUCCCCGGCGACGGCCGCUGCCAGCGCUACCUCCUGGAGGCGGCCAACGCCAGCGCCGGCGCGGAAGCGCUCAGCUGCGCCGACCCGCUCGCCGCGUUCCCCAACCGCUCGGCGCCCCUCGUGCCCUGCCGCGGCGGCUGGCGCUAUGUCCAGGCCCACUCCACCAUCGUCACUGAGUUUGACCUUGUCUGUGUUAAUGCGUGGAUGCUGGACCUUAGCCAAGCCAUGCUGAACCUAGGCUUCCUGGCGGGGGCCUUCACGCUGGGGUAUGCAGCAGACAGGUAUGGCAGAAUAGUGGUUUACCUAAUAUCCUGUUUCGGUGUGGGUGUUACCGGUGUGGUGGUGGCAUUUGCACCAGAUUUCCCUGUGUUUGUGAUCUUCCGCUUCCUACAAGGUGUGUUUGGAAAGGGAACGUGGAUAACUUGCUACGUGAUUGUGACAGAAAUAGUAGGUUCAAAACAAAGGAGGAUUGUGGGAAUAGUGAUUCAAGUGUUCUUCACCCUUGGAAUCAUAAUUCUCCCUGGAAUUGCCUACUUUAUCCCCAAUUGGCAAGGGAUCCAGCUAGCUAUAACGCUGCCCAACUUUCUCUUCCUCCUUUAUUACUGGGUGGUUCCGGAAUCUCCCCGGUGGCUGAUUACUCGGAAGGAAGGAGACAAAGCAUUAAAAAUUCUGAGGCGCAUUGCUAAGUGCAAUGGGAAGUAUCUCUCAUCAAGUUACUCAGAGAUUGCUGUUACAGAUGAGGAAGUCAGUAAUCCAUCCAUUUUAGAUCUGGUGAGGACUCCCCAGAUGAGGAAGUGCACACUAAUACUUAUGUUCGCUUGGUUCACGAGUGCGGUGGUGUACCAAGGUCUCGUCAUGCGCCUGGGAAUCACAGGUGGCAACCUCUACAUAGACUUUUUGAUCUCGGGAGUCAUGGAGCUGCCAGCGGCCCUGCUGAUCCUGUUGACCAUCGAGCCCAUCGGACGCCGCCUCCCCUUCGCAGCGGGCAACAUUGUGGCGGGGGUUGCGUGCCUCGUCACUGCAUUCUUACCAGAAGGAAUACCAUGGCUAAGAAAAACAGUUGCUACCCUGGGAAGACUAGGGAUAACCAUGGCCUUUGAAAUUGUUUAUUUGGUCAACUCAGAAUUGUACCCAACAACAUUAAGAAACUUCGGAGUUUCACUCUGCUCGGGUGUGUGUGACUUGGGAGGGAUCAUAGCCCCGUUCCUGCUCUUUCGACUCGCAGCUGUGUGGCUGGAGCUACCACUGAUCAUCUUCGGUAUCCUGGCAUCCAUGUGUGGAGGCCUUGUGAUGCUUUUGCCUGAAACCAAGGGUAUUGCCUUGCCAGAGACAGUGGAUGAUGUGGAGAAACUUGGCAGGAAAAAGAAAACCCAGGUUUCCAGCUCUCACCUGUGAGACGCUGCAGAGCCGGAGGAAGGAGCUGUUGGAGUCGCCCCUCCGGGAGAGACUGAGCCUCCAGAGACACACGCGCCUGUGCGCUUCAGCGUCAUUAUGUGGCAUCCAUUCAAGUGUCUUUCGUACCAUAUAAAGAUCUGCAGACUGUGCAGAAUAUUUUUAUACAAUCCUGGGUGAGUUCUGAGUUAUCAUGCUAUUGAAGCUUCUGAGAGCAACACGACCUGGCUGGGCUAACGGAGAAAGCCUACUCAGUGCACAGCCCAUCCUGGCUUUUUUUUUUUUUUUUUUUUUUUUCUGGUAUUGGAGUCAGUAGCAUCUGACUCAUUUGGUUAAAGAGCAACAGGAGAAGCCCUCCCUGACCCUUAGCAGGAUGCACAACCAAGGAUCCAGGAGAGGUGAGCGGAGCUGUGUUCAUCACAUCUGAUUGAAGGAGCCAGCGCUGAAAGGAGUGCCAGGAAGAGUUGGUGAAGGACCACGAUUUUCCAAGGCCACCCUAGCUGAGCCUCUGCUUUCUUUGCUCUCUGGGUUCUGUGCCUUUGCAGCCGGGACAGGUCAGGUGUCCCUCCCGCCUGCCACCUCGGCAGUGUCUGGGGUUCGAGGCACAGGGCAGGCCUCCCCCACAAAUAAGCACAGGUCUACUGUCCAAUUUGAGGAUUUGGCUCUACUAUUUUAAAAAUCGAGUUUGGGCCCUGACAUUAUUUGGAAUAUUUCUUUAUAUGUUUUAUGAACACCUAUAUAACCAGAGAGUCCACCUUUACAAAACAAAAUCCACAGAUUAUGAUUUCCUAUGUCUUAUGAUUUUAAAAGUAAAAGGAUAUUUAUGUUAUAUUUGUGAGUUUUGCUCUAGUGGUACCUAUAAUCAAGAGUAGAAAAUAUGGCUGGUUCUCAUUUAAUCUUGGUCUUUUGACUUGUCUUGGAAAAAAGCUUACAUUCUCACUUAAAAGUCAAUUAUAUCCAGGCUUAAAAAGAAUUAUCAUCAGCUCUAUAAGUGACUUUAUAGAUACUAAUAAGAGAUUUGACCAUUUAUGUUAUCAAAACUCUUGGGCCAGGGAGCUAUCUCGGUGGAAUAAAUGCUUGCCUGGCAAGCGCAAGGUCCUGAAUUCGAUCCCUGGUACCACCAAAAAAAAAAAAAAAAAAAAAAGCCUCUUAAAAUUUGAAAGUUAAACUCAGUGUUCUACUUUGAUUCAACUGUUAUGUUUUCAUAAUCCAACAUAUAUCUUAUACUGAAUUUUUUUUUAACGAGAAACUGUGUGGAUAGGUAAGAUGGAUAACGAAAGGAAACAUUACCAGUGAGAAGGAAAUUUCUAUGAGAACAUACUCAUGUGUGACAGUAUUAAGAUGUGUGUACUGUUGAUAAAAUAAACUUUGAGUGUGUGUGUGUGUGUGUGUGUGUGUGUGUGUGUGUGUUAAUGGGGCUAGAACCCAGGACCUCAUGUAUGCUAGGUAGGUGCUCCACCACUGAGCUAUACCUCUAGCCUGAAAUAAAUGUCUUAUUCUUUAAAACACAUCUGCAUUUCAUAUAAUGUCCUAUUUGUCAAUAAAGGAAGCAUUGCGUUUUAAAGAUUUAAUGCUCAGCUCAUCCUGCAUUCACAGACACUGAUGAUUUGGCUUUUCUUUGCGUCUCUUUGCUGUAAGAUGGCAGUUGCUUUUUGAUACUAUCACCUUUGAGUUGUAUUUGGAGUUGACAUUUUUGUUUGAUAACAAUAAAAAAUUUAAAUUGU